AUGGUGCUUGAGUCAUGGAGACGGCCCUCGGGUGGGAACAUGCAUUGGUUCAACAUGAAGCACACCCUGUUGCUUUCAUUCGUGACAUUCAAAAUGCUCGAAUGGACGAGCGUCAUGCUGCCCCUUUGGUCCCUGAUGGCGUACGCUCUGAUUCUCGCUUCGUGUUAUUGGUUCGGCUUUGUGGCCUGCCGCUGGGUGAAGAGAUACAAGCUAGCAACCACGAUCGCAAGCUACAAGAAAGCGGUCGUCAUCACAGGGUGCGACAGCAGCGGCAGCAACAUGCUCGCUCGAAAGUUGGCUACGGAGCGUGGCUUCCAGGUUCUAGCGACAUUCACCAACCCAGGAAGCUCCGAAGCUCAAAGGCUAUCCAAGAUUCCGAAUAUUGAUGUCAUCGAGAUGGAUUCCACUAAUGAAGAAUCCUGCUCGAGAGCUCGCGAACUCAUCGAACGAAAAGUGGAAGCAUCAGGCAAUUACCUGUGGGCGAUUGUGUGCUGCGAAAAUUCCUGUGGAACCGCUGAGAUCGAAUGGCAGGACAUGUCCUCGAUACAGCGAAUUGUUGAUGUCAAUAUUGUGGGCACCAUAAGAACCGUGAAAACCUUCAUUCCUAAUUUGCGGAAGACUAAAGGUCGCAUCGUGAUAGCAACCAGCGUAUUGGGUCAGUUAAGCGUGCAAGGUCUUGUCGUUUACUCGAUGACCAAAGCUGCUUUGACGUCAUUCGCGGAAGGCUUGAGACGAGAAAUGCAAGUGUGGGAUGUCGAUGUCUGCACUGUCCAACUCAGCGAUCCCGAUUGUGAUUCCAAAAUGAUCCGUCGGAGCGAAGAGGAAUUCUCACAACGGGUCGCAAUCGCCGACGAUGUACGGGAGGACUAUGGCCGUGAAUACUUCGGGGAGUUCUUCAGGUCAAUGUCACGCUUUUCCGAAAGAUUCCUCGACGCCCAGCCUAACGCGGCCAUCGAUGUGUUGACGCAUGCCGUCACAACAGUGUGGCCGGAGGUUCAUUAUCGAUCAAGUGACUGGACGAGACACUUGAUAAAUACAGCUCUCGAUUACGCGCCAACUGAAGUUAUCGAUCUAUACCUCGAGAAACUUCUAGAGAAAAACUUCGUUCCGAACGCUAUCAGUAAAGCGUGAUUCGGGACGAAAUUCUAUGUACAAGGCUCUGUAGCAUAAUGCAUAGGGCGUAUACUGAAUCUCAUGAUGGUACCGGGUUGUGAGAUUCCGGUCGGAGGAUCAUGCAAUAAAUCGCUCGGAGAUUU